AACCCGAGUAGCCCAUGGCGGGCAGCGACGUGGCCUGUGAGGGGCCAACGAGGAGGGGAGGCGCGACCCGGAGCCCCGGGGCUCCCGGGGGGCUGCGCAGCCAGGCAGCAGCUAGUGGUCCCGAACCGCUGUCCGCUACAGAUGCUCCGGCGGAACGCGGAGCGCUGCCCGCCUGGAUGCGCCUCUACUUCUACGGGAUGCAUGGCAUCACCCUGGACGUGCUGGUGUCCUCGGCCAGGCGCUUCGCCCGCAGCCUGGAUCUGCGGAUGUUGGGCUUCUCGUCGCCCUACCGCUGCCUCCUGCACUCGCUCACCCACUUCGCCCUGGAGCAGCUCUACCUGCAGCGGCUGCGCUGCCCCAGCUCCUUCCUCUUCAAUUUCCUGCUCUACCCCUGGGCGCACGUGGGGUUGCAGACCCUGGCGGGCCAGGCACUGCUGCUCAGUCUAGGCGGCGGGCCGGGGGGCGCGGCGGCGCCAGGGGCGCUCGACCUGGCGCUGCAAUACGUACUGGCGCUCUACCACGGCCAAGUGUUCCUGAAGCGCUUCCUGCGUUUGCGAUACCCGCGGCAGCUCCAGCAGCAAACCAGGGACACACUACCGGCAACCCCGGACGCCCGAGUCCUUUUGGAGGCGGGAAGAGGACGACAUGGACCCCGGAGCCCCAAGGGCGCAGAAGGAGCCCCCAGCCAAGGUCUGCCAGACCUCCUCCGCUUCCUUUUCUUCGGAAUGCAUGGCUUUCUGGAUGAGAUCUUCUUCACCUUUUUCUUCAAUGUUCUGGGGCAGGGGGACGGAUCCAGCAGUGGGCACACAUCGCUCUGGUCCUUCUUCAUGUAUGGCAGUUGUAGCUUUGUGGUUGAAAAACUCUACUUCCACCUUCACUACAGCCGUGGCUGGGGCACCUGGAAGAGGGUGCCCAUCUAUGUGAUCUUUAUCUAUGCGUGGGAGUUGUCCUGGGGUCUGGGGCUUCGCAUGUGUGGGGCCUGUUCCUGGGACUAUUCUCACUAUCCGCUCAAUUUCAUGGGCCUCAUCACGUUGAUGUAUUUACCUGGUUGGCUAUUCCUUAGUGUGUACCAGGACCUACUGUCCAACGUGUUGUGGAGGGUGCAGUAUGUUCCAACAAACUAAGACUGGAAAAUAAAAAGAAAAGAAAGGAAGGAAGGAACCUGACGAUUGGAUGCAAUUUAUUUUUACACAUUUAACACAAGGUGGCUUUGUUUUCAGUCUUUUAAUUUUUAUACAGUUUACUAAGCUCUUCUAACUUGUUUUACUUGACGUUUCAGUUUUCCAGACUGCUCGGAAUCUAUAUGUAAAGUUCAGUACUUUGAAGUGUUACUCAAAACUAACUCAAAUUGUUUAACUCAUCAAUAAUUUAAACCUUUUCGAGGGCAAACAACUAAACCACUCUAUCUUAAACAUCAGAAACCAGUAAUAGUCACUGACCCUCGACGAGUGAUAACCACUUAUUUUUCUGUUCUUCCGUAAAAGUUUUCAGAUCAGAGACCAGUGAUUUUUACAAGUUCUUGAUUUAAUGAGCUGUUUACUUUCUUUGUAAUGCAAUUUCAUUUUGUUUUCUUGCCAUGUUGACCAAUGGCAGCUGAAAAUCUAUGUCUUGUAUGUUCUUCAGAAACUUCAGCCACAGCUCUUAAAGUGCCUCUGUCUAGUCUACCCGUGAGAGGAAGACCGCAAGGGUGAAAAACAUCCCAUGAACACAUUUUAACAAGAGCAGUCUUUUGUGUCAACUCCAACAGGUGACACUGUGUUGGUAACAUUUGGUCACCGUCUUGGAAAUGAUUGCUUUCCAACGUUGGCUAGCCUUAAACACUAUUUAUGUUAACGUUGCUCAGAACACAUUAUCUAAACUUUUGUAACUGUGCAAUAACCUAAAUGUUUGCCCUAGAUGUCCCAGGGUCAAGUGAAAUUAUACCACCUUCAAUGGUGUUCUAACUCUAAGGCCCCUUUUUCCUACAUGGAGCUUCAAAUAUAGAAACAGUAUCUUGGAAUAAAAUGAAUCUUAAUUUUCCCUCUAAUUACAUUAGGCCUAAUUGUUUUCUCUACUUACUGAUACGUUUUCACCUUAUUUCUCUCACAGUCCCCCCCCCACACACACACUCACACACUUUUUUCCUUUCAGGCCCAGAAUUAGGGGUCAGGCCUGAUGUAGUAAUGCACCUUAUAAAUGCAUCAGAGCUUUGGACAGCUUAUGAUUAAUUAAUGUCUAAAAGCUCCAAAGUUAAAUGAGAUGAUGGAAGCCAUUCUAAGAAAUGAUAUCUAAUUGAUUAAUAAUGUACUCUGAGGGUAUUUGUUGUUUUAUUGUACUCAGAGGAGAGAGUGGAAUAGAGCGCAGCUCAGCCAAGGAUGACUAAUAACCUCUCAGCUUUCAGUUCGAAGAUAAUUAGGAAAACUUAGAAUGUGUAUUAAUGGGUUUGAAUUGUCCAAUUGCCUGUGCUGUAAAAAGGGAUGGUUUCUGUUUCGAAAAAAAGAAAGAAAGAAAGAAAGAAAGGUAGGUUUGCUAGGAGAAUAGCAAAGAAUGUGUGUUUAGGUUUGAUGUCAGAUGCAUCAGAUUUGAUACUCUAAUCCAUCCUGUGAGGUUGUGAGCUAAAUUAUAAAUGUCACAGAGUCAACCCCACCUGUGAAAUGGAAGAGAGCAAGCUACUUGCUCUCAUCAGUCACAACUUAAAAGUAAGCUCCAUACUUGCCAAAGGUUUUCUCUCUGGUUCUUUACGACGCUCUGUAACAGGUCAACGGUUUCUGAAAAUUACUGGUUACUGGAGAGGAAAAUAGGGAAGUAGAGACAGGAGAGUUAGGAAGAUGCAGGACGAGAUAUUUGUAAUGCAAAUGUGACGCAUGCAGGGGAACCUGAGGGAAGGGUGGCCCCACUGCACACCCCCACCUUCCUGUGAAUGGCCACUCAGCUCCUUGGCUGCUGAAAUGCUUACCAGUUUGUUCCCACUCUGUCCCAUCUCACCUCCAGCAUAAGCUGCUCUCAGAGCCACUGAGAAGCCUGCUAACCUCCUCCAGCUCAGAAAUCGCCCACUUAGGAACACCUGCCUUAUUAUUUUCUUUUUAAUUCUGUGCUCAUCAAUGGGGUAGAGUAAGGUCUUUCAGACAUUGGACUUGUUCAGGAAAUAGUUACCCAGCCUCCAGUAAUUAGUAGACGCUUCUCAGGACUGUGUAUACACAGUAAUGAACCAAAUAUCUCUGUCCUUAUAAAGCUGGAAAUGGACCGUAUUGAUUCUGUGAAAUUGUACUUCUUUUUUCUGUUUGUGUUUUUGGUUUUUGCUGUUGUGUUUUUUUUUUUU